CCAAGAUGGCGAGAAAUUGCGAAAAAAAGUUUGUCGGUUUGAAUCGAAUAUUCCUUGAAAAGCAAAGAAAAGAGGAACUAGAAAGAAAUCCCAAGCGACCUUCACUAUAUAAGUUACAUUCUGCUUCUGAAGUAAAAAAAUGGAUUCCAAGUAUCAAACGUGAGAUGGAUUACAACCUACAGCAACUCUCUGGUGCAAGGCAGCAUAAAUACCCUGACCACAAGAUACAAGAAUUCCAAGAAAAUGUUGAAAGGCUUGAAAAAGAAUACAAAAGUUUUGUUAAGAAAGUUUUUGAGCUUGACCCAAGUACCACAGGUAUCCCAUGGCAGCCAAGGGGAUAUGUGAGUAAAAGAAAACAAACAGGAAGCCCAAACCCUGUUGUGCCGAAGAAGAUCUGUACUCCAAUAUUAGAUAAUGAAAAUAUGCAUGAAGGAAUGGCAGAAUUGGAUUGUCAAUCCCAUUCAGAACUAGAUCAACAUGUCAAGAUAGAUAAACAAGAAACAGCACUAUCAAUAAAACGACCUAUGCAAACAACAGAAACGGCAGAAGCAACAACAACAGCCACAGCAGCUAUAUCAACAACUUCGAAGAGCCAAACUGAAAAGGAUUUCAAGAAAAAUGCUGGGAUGAGACAAGAACUAGGAAACUCAAGUAUUUUAGGAUUAGAUUACUCUUCAUCUGAUGACGACUGAAUUCAUACCACACUAUUAAUAUUGAACUUUAUAAAAAAGAAAUCUGAUGGACUUGAAGCAACGAAUAAUACAUCGCAAAAGAUCCAUGCUGAAACAAGGG